AUGGGUGAUAGAUCUUCCGACUCCGUGCCGCGCCUUGAGGGCCCCGACGGCGAUGGUGUAUUUACUUUACAUCUAGGCCAUAAUGAAAACCGGAUUACGCGUUCAUCUAUAGCUGCACUCCAUAGCGCGCUUGACCAAAUCGAACGAACUGCAGGUCCGACAGCUUGCGUUAUCUGCAGUAGCGGCAAAUUCUUUUGCAAUGGGCUUAGCAUACGCGAGUUGUCACGGGAAUCUGAAGAAUUCCUAAGAAUUUUUCAACAACUGCUGAAAAGGCUUUUCGGAUUCCCCGUUCCCCUCGUGGCAGCAAUCAACGGCCAUGCGUUUGGAGGAGGAGCCAUGCUGGCUUGUGUCUGCGACUACCGGGUGAUGAGUAAAGACCGGGGUUUCCUCUGCGUCAAUGAAGUCCUCAUCGGUCUGCCUUUGACACCAGGUGACGCUGAAGUACUCAAGGCUGCAAGGAGCUUGGCCGCCUCGGUUGCAGCACUUGGAGAAAACCGUGUCGUCUACGGUUCCAUCAAACGCGGAAUUUACGCAAGAGAACUCAAGGCCCUCGAUGAAGGUCCCGGCUCGGCUGCCGAAUUUAUUGAGAAGAUGAAGGAACGGGGUCCGGCAACAAGGCCGAAGCUGUGA